AUGUGGAACCCUCUGUAUCUCAGUAGUGAGGAUCAGGAACAGUUAAAGAAACAACAACAGCAGCAGGGUCUGCAACAACGAUUGCAUCAGAUGGAGAGACGACAGUCUCAAUCCCAAAGAGCCCAGCAUCAGCAGCAUUCUCAACAGCAUCAGCAGCCACAACAACAGGUCCAGUUCACGUUUACCAACCCAUGGGGCAACAAUGAAGAUUUAGAUCCUUAUUAUUCUUCUUCAGCUGGUGCUAGUAGUACAGGACUUGAUACCUCAGAAACUAAUCCACUGCUGGCAGCUGAAUACGGCGGCGAUGGAUUUGACACAUACAGAAGGAAAUCAAGUUUGGUAAUACCACCUGCAAGAGCCCCAAAUCCUAAUCCAUUUGAAUACGACGAUAGGAAUGCAUAUGCUGGUGUAUAUGAUCCACAACGGCAAAAUCAGAUUCGUAAUAUGUUGCUGGCCCAACAGCAGCAACAGUUAGCGGGUGCAAGAUUUGUUCCAUCUUCAUUCUAUGGUGCCGGUGGAGAUUUACACAGAAGGCAAAGUGUAGCUGCUGUUCAUUAUCCACCAAGUGGGCCUACAAAUUUAGCAUCACUUGGGGCGCCCACUAACUUUACACCGGCGGCUGGCGCAGCUACUAAUAUGACGCCGUAUCGUAGGCUAAGUUGUUAUCCACCAAGCACAAGUCCCACUGCAUCUUUACAGCCUCCUUACAAGCAAUUGAGAAGAGAUGCUGGUGCUCAAGGAGCUAUGGUGGGAGCCCCUUCUCCACAACAAGUCAAGAUUCCGCAAAUGCAAAAAUGUAAUUCUAAAUCGGAGUUAAAACCAACUUUAAACGCGACUCCGAAAUACAGACGUGCAUCCUUGAAUUCUAAAACUAUUUCACCAGUAAUUGCAUUGACUAAGGGAUUAAUUACUACUUAUUCAUUAUGUUCUCCAGAUUUUUCAUAUCAAACUUCCAAAAAUCCCAAGCGAGUAUUGACUAAGCCUAAUGAGGGAAAGUAUAACGGCGGUUACGAUAACAUCAAUAGUGAUUACAUCCUAUACGUGAAUGACGUGUUGGGAACUGAACAGAACAGGAAAUAUUUGGUUUUAGACAUCUUGGGUCAGGGUACUUUUGGUCAAGUGGUUAAAUGUCAGAACAUCUUGACCAAAAAAAUCGUUGCAGUUAAAGUGGUUAAGUCUAGAGAAGAACACCUAACUCAAAGUAUUACAGAGGCAAGGAUUUUAGAUUUACUCAACACAAAAGUGGAUCCCAUGAAUAAACAUCACAUUCUACAAAUGUACGAUACUUUUGUUCACAAGAAUCAUUUAUGCCUUGUUUUCGAGCUAUUAAGCAACAAUCUUUAUGAGCUUUUGAAACAAAACCAGUUCCACGGUCUUUCUAUGCGUCUGAUUAGAACUUUCACAGCUCAGCUUUUAGAUGCUCUAUGUGUGCUCAAAGACAGUAAAUUGGUUCACUGUGAUUUGAAACCGGAAAACGUUUUACUGUGUUCACCAGAUAGGCCCGAUUUGAAAGUUAUUGAUUUUGGAUCAUCUUGUGAAGAAAGAAGGACCAUUUAUACCUAUAUUCAAUCGAGAUUUUAUCGUGCACCUGAAGUUUUAUUUGGUAUACCGUAUUCCACCAGUAUUGAUAUGUGGUCAUUAGGGUGUAUUGUAGCCGAACUGUUUUUGGGGAUCCCUAUUUUGCCAGGUGUAUCGGAAUUUAACCAAGUGAGUAGGAUUGUAGAAUGCCUUGGGUAUCCACCAGUAUGGAUGAUGGAUAUGGGUAAAAAUACUAGUAGGUUUAUGAAGAAAGAUGAUACAUUAGAAGAAGGAUUAUCGUUUGCAGAUGGUGAUGAUGGCCGUCUGGGUUCACCGACUAUGAAAUACAGAUUAAAGACUGUGGAUGAAUAUAAUCAAGAGUAUUCCUCUAAUGAGCAGCCAAGCAAGCAAUACUUUAAGUGGACAAAGAUGCCAGAUAUCAUAAAAAAUUACCGCUAUUCCAAAAAGAUAAAAGGUAAUCCGGAGUUGAUUGAACAAGAACAAAGGGAUAGAGAUUGUUUGAUCCAUUUCCUAAGGGGUGUCUUAAAUAUCAAUCCUUUGGAAAGAUGGACUCCACAGCUGGCAUCAAUGCAUCCGUUUGUCACCCAACAACCAUUCACUGGAGAAUGGUAUCCACCAGGCACAUUACAAUCUACUGCUACCAGCAAUAGUACUAAUGAUAGCACUAUCCCUCCAGGCAUGAAUAAAAAUAUUGGCAAUAUAAAGCAUCCGUCACUACAAGAAGGUACGGCCAAGGAGUUUGAUAGACUUAGAAUAGGUGAAGACUAA